ACAACUCGCCGGGUCGUCAUUCUCAGCUGCCUCUACAUCUUCCUGCUGGAGUUCCAGGCCGGGCUGCAAAUCCCAAGCGCGCUCGCCCUCCUCGAGCAGCGACUAUGUUAUGAUGUCCAGCCUGGCUUGCCCUGGCCACCAGCAUCUGACGACCCUGCGUGCAAGACGACCCAGGUUCAAGGCCGCCUCGCUUCGUUCCGGGGCCUUCAGUCCUCGCUUGACGUCAUCCCGGGACUUCUGACGACUAUCCCUUACGGCAUGCUCUCGGAUACCUGGGGUAGGCGGCCGAUCCUGAUUCUCGCGACAGUCGGCUACACUCUUAGCGUGGCGUUCCAAAUCUUCGUCUUCUCGUUUGGUCCGGUUUUCCCAGCGCCAAUGCUGUUCUGUUCGACAAUCUUCAUGUUCAUCGGCGGCUCGCCGUCCACAAUGUCCGCGAUGAUCUUUACAUCUAUCGCUGAUGUCACUGCAGUCUCGAGCAGGGCGGACGUCUUCUUCGCUGUGUCUGCCACAUACAUCGCCUCGGAGGUUUUGUCGAGCCCGCUCGCCGGGCUCAUCUUACUGCAUUCGGCAUGGGGACUCCUCAUCACCUCAUUUGGAAUACUCCUUGCGACCUUUGUCAUCACUAUGCUCUUUCCCGAGACCGGGACUAUGCUCGGAGCCAAGUCCAGGACACAGACGAUGGCCGCGUCGUCAGAUGCAGAGGGCUCAGUUCCGGAACCCGCGCAGGCAGGACGAUGCCAAAGCACUGUUGAGAAAAUAUCUCGUAUCUGGAGAUACGUCUCCACGAACAAGCGUCUAGUGGCGCUCACCAUCUCCCUUGUAUUCGUUGUCCUUGGGCGUUUUGUCCAAGAAAUGCUGCUACAAUACACAACCAAGCGGUACAACUGGACCUGGAGCCAGGCCUCAUUCGUACUCACGAUCCGAAGCAUCAGCAACUUCAUCGUGUUGACAGUCGUCAUGCCACUUGCGAGCCGCCUCCUGUUGAUGCACAGGAGGGGGAGGAACAGCAGCAGCAACAGCGCCUCCGCCACGAGCAAGGACGUCUGGAUCGCUCGGGUGUCUGGCGUUCUCGGGAUCAUCGGCUUCUCGCUCAUUGGAUUUGCGUACACGCCUGUGAUUCUCUGUACUGGUCUAGUCGUCGUGUCCCUCAGCGGGGGAAUGUCCUCGGUACUCCGCAGCCUCCUGAACAGCCUCGUCGAGCCCCGCCACCUGGGCAGGCUGAACGCCGUGCUGGGCAUCAUGGAGCUAGCGAGCCUCCUGGUCGCUGCUCCCGCGCUGUCGCAGAGCCUACGGGCUGGUCUGAGGCUGGGAGGGAUGUGGAUCGGUCUCCCCUUCAUGUGCGCGGCCGCGAUCAUGACGGUUUCCACGGGGGUUGUGUGGCUGGUCUCGAUCUGA